AUGGAAGUAAGUAUCUCUUUACAAGCAUUAAAAACAUCCUUGGUGCAAGUACACUCUAUGAAUUGUUUAGUGUUCCUCUCAAAAAAGUCUAAAAACUCGAAAAAUCCUAAGUCAAAAUCACAGUUAAAAACAAAAUCAAAAUUGUUCCGACAUCUAAUCCUACUUACUUAUCAACACCCUCUCUUGGUUACACAACAUUACACAUAUGAACUUGGUGAUCAUAGAGGAUGGAGUGAUCUUCCACAAGAUGCUUCAUGGCCUCCUAA